UUGUUUGUGUUUGUUUGAAUGGAUAGUUAACGAGCGAAUUGCUAGUUCGGCGAGCGCUUGUUGUGGCUGUUGAGUUCGGUCGCGGGUUGUGUCUGUAUUUGACAGUCAUGAAGUGAGGCAGUUUUUUUGUGAGUCAGUCUUGGAUCAGUCUGUACUGGACAAUAUAGUCGACAGCAGUCUUGGAAGAUAGCAUUGGAUGGACAGUCAUGAAUCAGUGGGUAGCGGUAAAGACAGCCAAUUAUCGCUUCCCGUUUCCUGAAAUGCCUAGUCUCUCUGGGCGACGAGCUGUUUGUUUGCUACGCCAUUCCACUGAAUUGAGCAGAGUCCAGUCUAAGAGCCUCUGAGUCAGUCAGCUGAAGCAGGCAACUCCAAGCAGUCGGAACGGGUCUUCUUCCUGUCGUUUCUGAGGGGCUUUGCUGACAAGGACAUUCCAUCAUCUAGGCUGGCUGUCAUGGCUUGCAAUGGGAGAGGAGGAGGUGUUUCACCCACAAGGGGACUUGGACGGUCUCUUCUUCCCUCCAACCUAACGCGGAUCAUUGCUGUCGUCUUGGUGACGCUGCUUCUUCCUAAAGACGCCUUGGCCAAACGCCCGGUCGUUUUCAAGGUCGGAUGGACCCUUCCACAGCAAUUCAUUGCCCUCGAGGAGAAGGAAGCGUCAUCAUGUCACUGUCGAAUUAAGUGCAUGAUAAACAUGUCGUGUACGGCUCUCAGCAUUCUGGUUAACAAAGAAACUGGAGUUGCCAACUGCCUCUUCAGUAAUGAGAUUAUUCCUCUGGAUGCACUCUCAAAGGACGACUCCACAUACACUUGGGUUCACAAUGCCACAGUUACCACUGACAAUGAGGCAACGAGUUCCAACGCAAGCGAGACAACAACCAUCACAGCUGCACCUGGGUCAACUUCAACCAGUAUCUCUGCGGGCACUACCACCCCUGCAACAACCACACAAACAGCUACAAGUACCCCUGCAACAACCACACAAACAGCUACAAAUACCCCUGCAACAACCACACAGCCAUCUACAACUACCCCUGCAACAACCACACUGACAGCUACAACUACCCCUGCAACAUCUACAACUACCCCUGCAACAACCACACAGACAGCUACAACUACCCCUGCAACAACCACACAAACAGCUACAACUACCCCUGCAACAACCACACUGACAGCUACAACUACCCCUGUAACAUCUACAACUACCCCUGCAACAACCACACAGACAGCUACAACUACCCCUGUAACAACCACACAAACAGCUACAACUACCUCUGCAACAACCACACAAACAGCUACAACUACCUCUGCAACAACCACACAAACAGCUACAACUACCCCUGCAACAACCACACAAACAGCUACAACUACCCCUGCAACAACCACACAAACAGCUACAACUACCCCUGCAACAACCACACCAACAACCACAACCACUCCUUCAACAACUGACUCAGAGGCAACUUCAACCACUACUUCUCUGGGAACGACCACUUCUGUAACGACCACACAAACUACAACAACUGACACAACAACUGGACCCAUAGUAUGCCGCAGUAGCUGGAUAGUAAACGGAGCUUCUUGCUACCUCUUCAGCGAUGUAACUGCGACCUGGGAGGCAGCCAAGCAAAACUGCAUCGACAUGAAGAGUAAUUUGACAGUGAUCACUAGUGAUGACGAAUACAAUUUUCUUUCAGAUAAGGUUGUGGUUCGUGCAUGGAUUGGGAUGUAUUCCCCAUAUUUAAACACGACAUUUUUGUGGAUUGACGGCACUACUCCAACUAUAAACAAAUGGGGGAACGGUCAACCUAGCAAUUCUGGAGGUGGAGAAUACUGUGCCGAAAUUUUAAAAGAUAUAAACGGAUGGAAUGAUGCGUCAUGCACGAUGACUAUAAGUUACAUCUGUGAAUACCAGCUGGACACUGCGCCCUCAAUGAGGCAGGAGCGGUCAGUAUAAACGUGCUGCUUCGAAGAGGACCACCAAAACUGCUAUGGAUACGACUUCGUCUUUCUGAUGUUUUUGUUUUUAUAUGUAAAUGACUUGACAUUCAUUUUAGAUGUUUAGAUACAUGAGUAAGAAUGUAAAGAGAAUAUAUAUUACAUGUAUGUAUUUAUUCAUGGAAACGACUGAUUUUUUGAGGUAUGUAUCAAUUUAGAGUAGGAAAAAUCUACAAGAAAAUAAAUAUAUUGCAAGUU